AUGAGUUCUUCUGGUGCCAAUGAUAAAACAGCUAGAGCAGCUGAAAUUGCCAGAGCAGAAAUUGCUGGUAAAGAAACUCCAGCAAGUGAUCCUCGUAAACAAGCUGAUGCAGAAAAUAGAGGUCAACUAAGUGGUGAUCAAUCAACAAUUAGAGAAACUCCGGUAGCUGCUGUUGGUGCUACACCUCAAUCAGCUACAUGA